AUGUCACUGACCAUACAACAAAUUAUUUUGGAUGCUAAAAGACUGGCUGGUCGUCUCAAGGAACGAGAGACAGAAGCGGAUGCUUUGUUGACUGAAACUCAAUCUGCUUAUAGACAAAUUCAUACUAUGAAACAGUACAAAGAGGAAGUGGAUACACUUAAUGAAGCUUCAAGAGAAAGGCCACGAGGUGAGCUAAUUGCAAGUAUAGAACGCGAAUCUCGACUAAUGCGUGAUGUUCAAAGGGAAAACGGAGAGUUGCGCGCAGCUCUAGAAGAUCAUCGAAGAGCAUUAGAGCUAAUUAUGUCAAAAUAUCGCCAACACACUGAAAAGAGAAUAUGGGAGUCACGGAUAGACUUUACAGCUGCAAUUAAUGAGAAACAACAAGAGUUAAUCCGUCAACAAGCAGAAAGGAUUAAUGAGAUGACAAGCAUUAUGUACAAAGCAGUCAAUAUGGAUGAGAAUUCAGACUCUAGGAAAGAAGAAGAACUGUACCAAAGGCUUAUUACCGAGAACAAGGGUCUCAGAGAAAUGCUAGAUCUGUCGAGGCGGUAUGGAUCGGAACGUGCGAUUGCUCCUCCCACAGAAGACAAGCACGUACAAACAGAUGGACCGCCGCUGACAAGUGCGUGA